UGACCUUCAGUUUGUGGAGCUGGUCGUCAACAUGUCUUUUCCUAAGGCGCCUCUGAAACGAUUCAAUGACCCUUCCGGUUGUGCACCAUCUCCAGGUGCUUAUGAUGUUAAAACGUCAGAAGUAUUGAAAGGACCAGUAUCCUUUCAGAAAUCACAAAGAUUUAAAAAACAAAAAGAAUCUCAACAAAAUCUUAAUGUUGACAGAGAUACUACCCUGCCUGCUUCAGCAAGAAAAGUUAAGACUUUGGGAUUAAAGAAGGAAUCUCAAAAGAAUGAUAAAGAUUUGAAGAUACUAGAAAAAGAGAUUCGUGUUCUUCUGCAGGAACGUGGUGCUCAGGACAAGCAGAUCCAGGAUCUGGAAGCUGAGUUGGAGAAAAUGGAGGCCAAGCUAAAUGCUACAGUCAGGGAGAAAACAUCUCUCUCUGCAAGUAAUGCUUCACUAGAAAAACAGCUUAUUGAGUUAACCAGGACUAAUGAGCUACUAAAAUCAAAGUUUUCUGAAGAUAGUAACCAGAAGACUAUGAGAAUUCUAAGCCUCGAGUUAAUGAAACUUAGAAACAAAAGAGAAACAAAGAUGAGGAGUAUGAUGGCUAAACAGGAUGGCAUGGAGGUGAAGCUGCAGGUCACUCAGAAGAAUCUUGAGGAGUCUCAGGGGAAAAUAGCACAACUUGAGGGGAAACUUGUUUCGAUAGAGAAGGAAAAGAUUGAUGAAAAAUCCGAAACAGAAAAACUCUUAGAAUACAUCGAAGAAAUUAGUUGUGCAUCAGAUCAAGUGGAAAAAUACAAGCUAGAUAUUGCCCAGUUAGAAGAAAAUUUGAAAGAAAAGAAUCAUGAAGUUGUAAGCCUUAAGCAGUCUCUGGAGGAAAAUGUUUUACUUUCUAAACAAGUAGAAGACCUGAAUGCUAAGUGUCAGCUGCUCGAAAAAGAAAAAGAGAAACUUACUCUUGAAAAACAGGAACAUGAAAAACUACAACAAAAAGAAUUACAGACUGAUUCACUUCUGCAACAAGAGAAGGAAUUGUCCUCCAGUCUUCAACAGAAGCUAUGUUCUUUUCAAGAGGAAAUGAUGAAAGAGAGGAAUCUCUUUGAGGAAGAAUUAAAGCAAGUACUGGAUGAGCUAGAUAAAUUACAGCAAAAGGAGGAACAAGCUGAAAGGCUAGUUAGGCAGUUGGAAGAGGAAACAAAAUCUCGAGCUGAAGAACUAAAACUCCUAGAAGAGAAGCUGAGAGGGAAAGAAGCUGAACUGGAAAAAACUAAUGCUGCUCACAGUCAGGCCACCCUGCUUUUACAGGAGAAGUAUGAUAGUACAGUGCAAAACCUUGGAGAUGUUACUGCUCAAUUUGAAAGUUAUAAAGCAUUAACAGCUAGUGAGAUAGAAGAUCUUAAGCUGGAGAACUCAUCACUUCAGGAAAAAGUGGCCGAGGCCGAGAAAAGUGCAGAGGACAUUCAUUAUCAGAUAUUGGCAACUGAGACCUCAAAUCAAGAAUACCCCGAUGCGGGACUCGAUCCCGGGACUCCAGGAUCAUGACCUGAGCCGAAGGCAGUCGCUUAACCAACUGAGCCACCCAGGCGCCCCUACACAAAGUUUUUUUAAAGAGUCUCACAGAAAUUUAUGGAGAGCCCUGAGGAUAUGUCAGCAUGAUCUGUUUUUGUCCAUCAUUUUUUUUUUUUUUUUGAUACUUGAGUUUCCUUUGUAGUUUAUAUGAGACAAGUAAAUUUAACUUUUCUAAGUCUAUAAAAAAAUCUUUUUCAGCUACAACUGGAUGCAUUUGAAGCAGAGAAACAGGCUUUGUUGAAUGAACAUGGUGCAGCUCAGGAACAACUAAAUAAACUAAGAGAUUCGUAUGCUAAAUUACUGGGUCAUCAAAACCUAAAGCAAAAAAUCAAGCAUGUUGUGAAACUGAAAGAUGAAAAUAGCCAACUCAAAUCGGAGGUGUCAAAACUCCGCUCUCAGCUUGCUAAAAGAAAACAAAGUGAGACAAAACUACAGGAGGAAUUGAAUAAAGUUCUUGGUAUCAAACACUUUGAUCCUUCAAAGGCUUUUCUUCAUGAAAGCAAAGAAAAUUUUGCUCUCAAAACGCCGGUCACUGAGUUGGUCAGUAAUUUGCAGAUUCCUAGACUCCAUCUCAAUCCUACUAAAUUAAAAUCUGGAGGUUAG